CGGUCUCACCACAUCGCUUCACACAAGCUCCAUCGAUCCAUCCCACUCUCAGCUGAUCGCUCACUCUUUCAGCUCGAUCAGUCUUAGCUCUAGCUCUAGCUAGCCAGCUAGCCAAUCCUUCGUGUAGUCGUCAUCAGCCUUCUCAUCGUCACCAAUGGCCACCGCCGAGGUCCAGACCCCGACCGUGGUGGCGACCGAGGAAGCGCCGGUGGUGGAGACCCCGGCGCCGGCCGUCGUGCCCGAGGAGGCUGCCCCCGCCCCCGCCGAGGCUGAGCCGGCCGUGCCAGAGGAGGCUGCCCCCGCCGAGGAGGCCAAGGUGGUGGAGGAGCCAGCUGCCCCGGCGGAGCCCGAGCCUGUCGCCGCUGAGCCUGAGGCCGAGCCUGCCGCCGCGGAGCCGGAGGCGGCACCUGCUGCGGCCGCGGCGGAAGAAGAGGCGCCAAAGGAGGCGGAGCCGGCCGCGGUCGAGGAGGUCAAGGAGGAGGAGGCUGCGGCGCCCGCUGCCGAGACAGAGCCGGCGGCCGCCGAGCCCGAGGCUGCUGCUCCUGCUCCUGCUGCUGCCGAGGAGCCCGCCGCGGCCGAGCCGGCCGCCGAGGAGCCCGAGAAGGCCAGCGAGUGAGGCCUCCUCGGCGGCGGCCAAGGGAUCGGAGUGAGAUGGCUCAUCGUGCGCGCGUACAUGCCACGGGCUUUUGCUGUUGAGUACGCUACGGUUACUGGCGUUUCUCUACGUACCUAGCAGUGGCUGUGCGCGUGGACUGUCCGGUGCGGACUGCGAGUGACGUGGGCUAAAUAAAGUGAGGGUCGUGUUCGUGUGGCGGGGGGAAGUGGGGCCCGGUGUCAGUGGCGCGGUGCCCCAUGGCCUGCCACUGCAGCUUGUGUGUCUUUUGUGUUGUGUUGGUUCCUGUUCUGUGUUCUCUGUCUAUCUAUGCUCAUGUAUGUAAUGGCAGUUUGGGUAUGAUGAGUAUCAAGCAUGUCUGCAUUCUCGUCUUCUUUGGUUA